UGAGCCAAGCUACCAAAUCAGCCUUAAAAUAUCUUAAGGGUGUGUUUGGAUAAUGGGAAAUGUGGGGUAGGAUUGGUAUUGGAAAAUGAAAGAAGGGUUAGAAUUAAAUGGAAGAGGGUGAAUAAAUGGUUAGGAUUUAAAGAUAGUUGGGAAAUCAUUUCCCUUUCCCAUCUGUCAAACACCACCUAAAAGGACAAAAAGGCCACGCUACCUGAGGCCCCCAUGGCCCAGAGUCCGCAUCGGCACGCAUCCAUUGUUGCGCUGGUCACCCCGCUCGCCGCCGGCUCGCCGCCUCCCACCACUGGAUCGGCCAAAUCCGACGCCAGCGCCGCCGCCUAGCCACUCCAUGGACCGCUCUCGCCACAAGAACUCGCCUAGUUCCGAGCGCUUCCUCGGCUCCUUCCUCCCCUCCGCGGCCGCCGGCGACCAGCCCGGAUCGGCGGCCUUCGAGCUCGACGAGGACGACCUGUUCGCCUCUGGGGCUGGAUCCCCCGAGCGGCCGCAGCCGUCUCGCCGCCCUCUCAUCCUCUCCGCAGUCCGCGCCGCAAACCCUAGCCCCCUCCCCCGCCUCCGCCGCCCGCCGGAGGGCAUCCUCGAUGCUCUCCCCGAGCGCCGCUCCCCUUUCUCACCGCCUCCAUCGUCUUCGUCGAACUCGUCGACCACCGCCUCCCCAGCGGCGGCGGCGGCUGCUCCUCCACGCCUGAUCCCCACCAUCCCCCGCCCGGCGGCGGCUCUGGCACCACAUAUCCCGCAGUCUGCGCCGGUGAAUGUGCCGGUAGCGCAGUUUAGGCGGUUAUCGGUGGAGGCACUGAUGGAUAAAGCUGAGGAUGACGACGACGACGACGAGGAGAUGCUGCCGCCGCACGAGAUGGUGGCGCGAGCGCGGGCGCGGGAUUCACCGAUGACCACCUUCUCGGUGCUGGAGGGCGCCGGCCGCACGCUCAAGGGGAGGGACCUCCGCCAGUGUAGCCAUGGCGUAUGGCAGCUCAGUGAAGAGCUGGAACCAGGAACUGCUGACCGGAUGCCUCCUGUAGUCCUGUGACCAAACUAUAGACACAUGAACGAAAUUGCAAGCCUGGCUACAGAGGUAUACUGAAGUUUGGAUAAGAUCACCAGGAGCAGAAAAAACACGGGGGGUUAUCCUGCGCCUCUCAUUUGACAUCCACAUGCAAAAAAUCACUCGCUGAUGGCUGUGCCAGUGGCUCAGUGUAGAGUGUAGACAAGUCAUGUGGCUAUCAAUAGAUCAUGACAACUGCCGCCAGCUUAAUUAGUCGAAAAAUCAACACUGAAUAAUGCUGCGGCUGUUAGCUGAGUUCAGUUGUAAAAAAAAAGGGGGCCAAGUCUAGUUUCAGAGUCAACGCCUUGACGCAUACAAUGGCCAAUUGCGCUUUACCAUUCACGUGAUGAAAUCCAGUGUAUUUGACUGAUAUGGAUGUCUGCAGAGCUACUAGUACCUAUUGGGGGCAUGGAAGGAUUUACUAAUUAUGAUAAGAAAAAGGUCAAAUACAGACAACAGUAGGUGGGUUUAAUUCAAAAGGACGCUAAAUAUAUGUGCUUGGUUUCUCUACCCUUAUUGCUA